AUGGAUGAUGAGACCUAUUCAAUUAUUCUUUUUGUCAUGGCUUUGCUGUACGCUAUAAUAUUUUGCUGGUCUGUAACACGUGCAGAAAAAAUGAACUCUAUUAUCCAAGGCUGGCGGCCUACGAAGUUCUUUUAUAUUGCAAUUUUAGUCCAAAGCUUUGUAAGAUUUUGCACUUUUGCAAUUUUGACUUGGGUUUUUCCAAGGAGAAAAGUCAGCCAAACGAUCCUAUUUAUACUUUUCUCAAUCCCAGACUGCAUAUUCUUGGUAACCUUCACACUUCUGGUCUUGCAGAUGAUAAGCAUAUUUUAUUACAGUCAUAAAGAAAACGACUUGCAAAUGGUUUUAUUAGUAGAGUUUACACUGCCUAAGCAUCACCAAGCACAAAAACUUAUUGGGGCUGGUAUUGUAUUGUGGCUGGUCUUUCAAGGAGUGCUGUAUUCAUUGCUGUUUUCAGAGAUACUCUAUGAUAAAUACGUCCAGAUUGAGUUAGCAAUUUUAAAUGUUUUAAGUGCCUCAUCAGUUUUAUUGUUAUUGCUGUAUUUGGUUAUCACUUAUUCAAGGACUCCUUUUGAUUCAGAAUCUUCCAAGUCUAAUCUGAUAAAAACCACUAUGAUUGUGCUGUUCUGGACCUUUGGAAGGUACAUGAAAGGAAUAAUUGAUCUUAUGGACGGAUAUUCAGAUUUCGAUGUAUUAAGCGAAUUUACUAGCUCCCCUUUUAAGUCUUUUUUGCUCUUAGCCAUAUUUAAUUAUUUAUUUUCUUUUUAAAAUUUAUAUAUUUUUCGGAUUUAAAAAUUAAUGUUUUAUGAUGCAAGUUUAAUAGAUUUAGUUUAGAUCUCAUUAUUAUAAUUUUUAAUUUAUAUCAAAAUAUUUUAUAAAAAAUUAUUUAUUAUUAAAAAAUAUUUUUGCCUCUAAUGAGGAGUUAAUUUCCCUAAAUAGAGAUUUUUCUUCAGCUUUAUUAGCUAACUAAGGGAAGAGUAAUAUAAAAGAUGACCGAUUCGUGGCAACUGUUUUAACAGUUACCAGUUGGCUUACGAGUGAAAUUUUCUGCUAUGUUCUUGUAUUACAAUAUAGAUUUGUAGGGAUUUUAUCAAAAGAUAAUGAUGGAAGUUCUAGCGGUAUUUCGCUCCAGCCCCAGAAAAACGUAGGAGAAUAUUCCAACACAGAAUAUUUACUUGAGGAAUCUACUGAAAUUUCAGCUCCUACAUUUAAUACGAUGAAAAUAAUGAUAAAAGAAAAAUUUGCAUCAAGAUCAAAUGGGUUAGGAGAGCUUUACAAGUGUGUAUAUAAACGGCUGGAACUAGCAUACAGGAAGAUCGAGUUUCCAAGAAUAAGUGCUUAUGUGCUAGAAGAAGUAAAUGCUGAAAUCGAAGCCUUGAAACUUAUGAAUGCUAAAUAUUUUGUACCAAUUUAUGGAUUAAAUAACCUAAAUCCUACACUGGGGAUUGUAAUGGAAUAUUAUCCUAAUGGGUCUUUAUAUCAUGCACUUCAUGAACAAAAUAUCGUAUUCAGCCUACAAGAGUGCUUUAAUAUCAUAAGUGCUGUAGCUCAAGGAGUAAGAGAAAUCCAUUCAAAUAACAAAGUUCAUGGGCACCUUAGCUCACAUAAUAUUUUGUUAGACCAGCAGAAUAAUCCUAAAAUUAGCGAUUUGGGAAUGGCGAAGUUUAAAAAAUACGCAGGGGUGGUCAAAGGGUAUUCUAAUAAAUCGCCUUGGAGUAGUCCUGAAAUAUUAAGAGAUCCUUCACAGACCACUAAUAAAGUUACAAUUUAUGAUGAUAUAUAUUCAUUUGGAAUAAUUUUGUGGGAAAUUUUUUCAAAUAAAAUCCCUUUUGAAGGCCUUUGUUUUGAGGAUUUGCAAAGAAAAAUUGGCCAUGAAGGAUUAAAACCUGAAAUCUCAGACAAUUUUCCGAGUGAAUUUAUAAAAAUCAUUGAAAUGUGCUGGGAUAUUAUUCCAGAAAAAAGGCCAAAGUUUAAAGAAAUAUGUUUGAUGCUGAAACGAGCAGUAACAACUAAUAAUUAA